AAUUGUGCCUGUGCCUGCCGAGAGACCAGACAUACCGAGCCAGGACGACCCGGAACGCAGGCCACCUGGGACGAAUCCGACGCAGCGGGCGCGGACGGCGACGGAACGGUGCGCGCAUUGCAUUGCAUCGCGUGCGCACCGUUGCCACCUCUUCCCAGGAUCAAGCUCUGGAGCUCUGAACGGGCCCGAAUCGGCUUAUGACACCCACAGCGACGCACUCCGAUCCAAUCCGAUCAUAGACCCUACAUCAUAGAUGCCUCCCGGCCGCCCACAAUGCCCUGGCAACCGCUGCCUCGAAUCGCCUUCGCCGUAGCGACCCAUCCCUUUGCCGCCUCGAGCCCGGCCGAGCUCCCGCUCGAGCUCGGCGACGAGCUGUACAUCAUCGAGGAGACCCCCGACGGCAAUUGGCUGCGCGGAUACCUGCUCGCGCCCCCAAGUCUCCUGGCUGGCCUGACCAGCGUCAGAGGGCAAACCCUCGAGGCCCGUGUCUUCAGCGGCGUCUUCCCGCGAAGCUGCGUCGAGGUCCGCGAAGUAUUGGGUGAGCCUGACGGGACAGAGGAUGGCGACCUUGAGAACGAGGAAGGCCUGCAGACAACGCCGGAAUUGCAACCAGUACACCUGCGAGGCGGCGACUCGGCGAAGAGCGGGAUUGAGGGCAACAAUGCCGAGAGAAAGCGGAGGAAAGGCCAGGCGAGGACCUCACCAACCAAGGGCGGGCGCGAACACUCUGACUCGCCCAAUGGCACGCCAGGACUACUCUCCAUACCAGUGAAGCGCGACCCCGGUGCGCCCCGCCCGCCAGCGCCGGUGCCCAUGCUCAAGGUUGGCGACGAGACCCCGACGUCCAGCUCCGAACCGCUCAUAGACGAGAUCGCAUCAUGCAUCCGAGAAUGGCACUCGACCCACCUGCACGAGUUGCUGCUCUCGAGACAGUACGGCAAGCUCGACACGCUGUCGCAGCUCAUCGUCUCGCUCAACUUCGCUCGGCAACAAUUCCUGCACGACGUGCUGACCACAUGGGAAUACAACCGCCUGCGCGAGAAGACCGUCUGGGACCUGGUGCGCGUCAACAAGCUCUGCGGGGGAGAGGUGAUUGUGCGCGACCCGCAAGCCCGUGGCCGGGUGCUCACCGGGGAUGACUCGGUCGUAGAAGUAACGAAGCUGCAGUCGGUCAUGAGCCUGCUGGACGAGACACCGAAGCCGACGGUGGAGACGACCGCGUUACACCAUCUCCUCGUAGACAUCAAGGGCUUCGCUAGCGCUUCCACUGAAGCCACGACGCUGGUGCUAUACCUGGCCACCAAGUCUGCCGACGGACCGUUGACGCCCCUUUCGGAGUGCUACAUCGUGGAGCUGCCCGCCGGGGGACAGAUGGGCAACCUUGCCAAGAACUCGCAGAUGCGCACCCUUUUCGCCGACCUCACUGCCAGCGACAUCGGCGACGUCGCGUCGACGGAUCUAGAGCUCUUCCUCGUCGUCAAAAUCCGCGCGGCACAGCAAGUCGUGGCUACGAAGCCCAGUUCGCGGUCCGGAACCAUAUCGCAGGCUCUGCCGCAGUUUGGCAAGGACCACUCCAAGCCGCCCCUCUCUGCCGGAAACAAGUCGGUGCGUAGGAGCCUGAUGUGGGCCGGCAUGAGCACGCGCUCGGCGUUCUCGAGGGGCAAUGCAAGGCUCGAUUCGCUGUCGGAGCAGCCCGAAGAAGCAGUGUCACCAAACACCGCAGGCGCCGAGAGCAGGGACGGGCUGCCCCCGAGCACGGCGAAUUCAAAGGCGGGGCGCCCAUCCGCGGACGGCCACGUCUCCCAGACAGCUGACAGGACCGUCGGCGUCGGCGUGCUCAGGCUGAGCGCCGUCAUGAAGAAGAACGAGGAGGUGGAGCACAUCGUAAGCAUCUGGGCCCCGGCUGUGCGGCAUUCUUCCGAGAGGCAGGAGGGCGAGGAGUGGGAUCCGGUAAUACGCGACAUCCUGGACAGCAAGACGGGGUCAUAUGAGAAGUCGAGGAGGGCCGAGCGUCUGCAGGUGCACCUCCGGCCUUUUACCAGCCCGGAUGCGGAUGCGCUGAUCAAAGCCACCCCCACGCUGCUGUCCAACAUUUGCAGCACCCGCAAAAUGGGCUUCUCGGGUGCUCCGACGAAGCCGCGGUCCGACAUUUAUCUGACAAUCGACGAGGCCGUCCUCAGCCGGCAGACCAUGCUGUCCCGCUAUGGCGGCAGCUCGACCGCGCUUCCGGCCAAUGUCCACGGGAACAACCUCCAGAUCACGCUGGAAGUGCGCAGGCAAUCAGGCGAGCGCGUCGAGAACUGCAUCUAUCCCUCGUCCAACGCCGAAGCGAUCAGCACCUGGAAGACCGUGGUCACAGAGCGCGGCGAUCCAUGGCGGCAGACGAUCAAGCUCGUCCUCGCACCCCAGGAUGUCCACCAGGGCCACGUGGUGAUGCUGCUGGCAGAUGCGCCAGCCCAGCCAUUCGCCGUCGCAUACCUGCCGCUGUGGGACCAGCAGGCGUUCAUCCGUGACGGCAGCCACGGACUCUUGCUCUACAAGCUGGAUGAGCACACCGCCACCGCCCAGACUGGCCCUCAGGGCAAGGGUGGCUAUCUCAGCCUCCCGUAUUCUCUGAAAGGCAAGGAGGAACACCAGGCCGAGGUGACCGGGCCGCUCGCCAUGGUGCGGGUGGAAACGUUCCUCUGCAGCACGAGAUUCUCGCAGGACCGGGUGGUAUUGGGGCUGCUGGCCUGGAAGGAUUCCUCGCGGGAGGGGAUUCCGGUUCUGCUCAAGCAGUUCAUCUUCGUGCCCGAGAUUGAGGUCGUCAAGCUGUUGAACGACGUCCUCGAUGCGCUCUUCGGGAUCCUAGUCGAGUAUUCCGGCAAUGACGACUACGAGGACCUCGUCUUCACAGCCCUUGUGCGGGUGCUGGACAUUGUCCACGACAGGAGGUUCAACCUGGCUCCGCUGGUCGACCAGUACGCCGAGAACAGGUUCAAUUAUCCUUUUGCGACCGCCUGCUUGGUUCGGUCGUUUACGAGGCUGCUGUCCAAACCGACCGAGCCGGAAACGGCCCGAAAACUCCGCGCCACGUUCAAAGUUGCGAGGCAUAUCCUGAAGUUCAUCACCCACGCCCGGGGCCAGCAAAAGGCGAAGGAGGCCGGCAUCGGCAUUACGAGCUCGAACCCCGGCUUCACCCGCCACCUCCGCGUCAUCUUCAAGGCUCUCGACGCCAUGAUGCGCAGCUCCGCCCCGGUCCUGGUCGGCAGCCAGACGCUUGCCGUCCAGCACUUCCACACCUGGCUCCCGGAGCUGACCGGCUUGCUAAGCACGGAAGAGAUACUCCACAUCGCCAUCGACUUCAUGGAUUCCUGCUCCUCCGUCAAGGGCAAGCUGGUCCUGUACAAGCUGGUGCUGAUCAUCAACUACGCCAAACUCGACAUCUUCUCGCAACCCGAGCAGCGCUCUGCCCUGAGUGCCAACACCGUCAGGUGGAUUGCGCCGCACUGGGGUCACACCGACGAGGUUACAGACCAGUGGAGGGACCAGGUUCGCCUCUGCUGCUCCGUGCUCGCUAGCCAGAUCGACCAUCUGGGCCCCGAAAUCCCCGACUACAUACCCAAGAUCCUCCAGUCCUACCUCGCCGCCCAGGCCGCCCCCAAAAAGCCCAAGGACCGCCUGUCCCUGCUGUUCCCCACGUCGUACCCCUUUCCGACGAAGCCGCUCAAUGAGGAAGUUGUCCUGGACGAGGCCCUCAUCGAGCUCUCCGCCGUCCUCUCGGCGCUGUCCAACUCGCCCAGUGGCAUGCAGCUCGAGCUCGCCGAGGACGAUCUGCACGUUGUGGUCGAGAGCUGCCUGCGCGUGCACAUGAGCAUCCUGCAGGGCGAGACGUUCCCCGCCGACUGGCUCAGCGUGCACAUCUUCCACCACAAGUCUACCAUGCGCACGCUGCAGUACCUCGCCGGCAUCCUGCUCGAGAGCUUCCUGCCGCAUCCGGACGAGGCCGAGAACUUCAACACGGAGCUGUGGAAGCUGUUCUUCACGACGCUGCUCAGGCUGGUCGGCAGCCCGUCGCUGGCGCUCGAGACCUUCCCGGAGCAGAAGCGGCGCGCCGUGUGGAAGAUCGCGGGCGACGUGCGCGAGCACGGCGCCGACCUGCUCCGGCGCACGUGGGAGGCCAUCGGCUGGGAGACCACGGUCGAGGAGCGCGCCCGCUACGGCCUCGCCAAGAUGGGCGGCUACCAGGUGCAGUACGUGCCGACGCUGGUCGGGCCCAUCGUCGAGCUCUGCCUGAGCGUGCACGAGGGGCUCCGCCGCACCGCCGUCGAGGUGCUGCAAACCAUGAUCGUCAGCGAGUGGACCCUCAGCGAGGACCUGUCGGUCAUCCAGACCGAGAUGAUCGACUGCUUGGACGUCUACUUCAAGACGAAGCCGCUGACCGAGAGCAUCCUGCAGAAGCUGUUCGUCGGCGAGCUGCUGGAUCGCUUCGAGCCGCUGGCGCGCGUCAAGGACGAUCCGCUCUACGGCGCGCUGAGAGAGCUCACGGAUACGGUGGACGUGUUCUUGGACCUGCUCGUAGCGGUCCACAGCAGCGACGGGUCAGGGGAGGCGUCGCAUCUGAUCCACCGGCUGCGGCUGAUGGAGUUCCUGCGGGACAUGCAGAAGGAGGAGAUCUUCAUCCGCUACGUGCACCAGCUGGCGAACCUGCAGGCCGAGGCUAGGAACCACGCCGAGGCGGGCCUGGCCCUUCGACUCCAUGCAGACCUGUACGACUGGGAUCCUCUGAGGACGACGCCGGCGCUGCAGGACCCGGAGUUCCCCGCCCAGAGCCACUUCGAGCGCAAGGAGCGCAUCUACUUCGACAUGAUCAAGCACUUCGAGGACGGCGAGGCCUGGAGCAGCGCCCUGGCCGCGUACAAGGAGCUGCAGACGCAGUACGAGACGAACACCUUCGACUUCGCCAAGCUCGCGCGCACCGAGCGCGCCAUCGCCAGCAUCUACGAGACCAUCGCCAAGAGCGACAGGCUCGUGCCCAAAUACUUCAAGGCCGUCUUCAAGGGCCUGGGCUUCCCGACCAGCGUGCGCGACAAGGAGUUCGUCUUCGAGUGCUCGCCAACCGAGCGCACGUCCAGCUUCACGGACCGGAUGCAGGAGAUGUACCCGUCGGCGCGCAUCGUGACCAGCGAGGACAUUGACGACGUCGAGGGCCAGUUCCUGGUCAUCUCGCCGCUGAGCCCGCCGCGCGACUUCUCCCACCACGUCUUCCAGCGCGCGCGCGUGCCGCAGGCCAUCCGCGACUACCUCGUCUCGGCGCACCCGCAGACCUUCUCGGUCAGCACCAAGCGGCACACCACCGGGCCCGUGACCGAGCACUACUCGGAGAAGAUCGUCUACACCACGGCCGAGCCGUUCCCGACGAUCCUGCGGCGCAGCGAGAUCGUGUCGGUGCAAGAGGUCCGCCUGUCGGCCAAGGAGACCGCGCUCGAGCGCAUCGUGCGCAAGACGGCCGAGAUGUCGGCGCUCGAGAAGAAGGUGGCCGACGGCGAGGGCGGCGACGACGCCGCCCAGCUGCUGGUCGACGCGGUCAGCAUCAGCGUCAACCCGAGCUCCGAGAACAGCGUGGUCGCGUACCGCGAGUUGGUUCCGGGCAUGUCGCGGACCGGCCAGACGCCGUCGCCGGCCGGCACCAGUCCGCUGCUGGAGGACGAGGAGGCCGAGCCGCCGGAGCUCGACCCGCAGGAGAACGCCAUCAAGAUGGCGCUGGUGGACCACGCGAUCAUGCUGAAGCGGUGUCUGGCGACGUUCGCGAAGAGCGGGAACGAGAUCCUCACGCGGCAUCUCGAGGAUCUGCAGCGGUUCUUCGAAACGACGUACGCGCCGGAAAUUGCCCUCUUCAUGCCCGCCCAACCGGCCCGAGGAGAGGCCAUCACGCCCUCCUCAACCUGGCAACGCUCUCCGCAGUCCAUGACCGGUGGCGGCCUGCAGCAACCACGCGACGCCAAGGCCAACAGCAAUUCCAGCAGCGCCCUCCCCAAUGGCGUCGCGACAGAGGAAGCCACGGUCGUCCGGCCAGUCUCCCUCCUCCGCCAGGGCCGCGGCCCGCGUCUCAGCUUCCUCGGCGGCCGUAAGAAGGAACAGCCUGCGAAGCAACCCGAUGUCAACGGGAUUCCCGAGGAGGAGCCCGCCAAGGGCAGCAGCGCCGCCACCGCAGCCAAAGACGGCGCCGCCACCGUCACCAGCGGCAGCACCACUGGCCGCCGCUCCUUCUUCCGCGCCUUCCCCUCGCCAGCCCCCACCGCGCCGUCCGACGCAGGCAGCGCCUCCGCCCGAGCCCGGGCCCAAACGAACGGCACGGACACCAGCAGCCAUCACCACGCCCCGCCCCACAGCGCGGCCGGCAGCACCACCGGCCACAGCAACGGCGCCAACCACCCCCACCACACCCACCACAACCGCGACUGGCCGCCGCCGCCCACGGACGCGUCCUCAGACGCCUUCCUCAACCCCACCACCCCCUCCGCGCCAGCCCACCAAUUCACCUCAGCAUCAUCAGACAACACGAGCAUGCACGCCCACGCCGGCGCAAGCGCGAUCCUGAAAGAGAAGGACGCCGCGCGCGUGUACGAGGCGCACCUGCACGAGGGCCAGGGCCAGGGCAUGGACCACCAGUCGGCCGCCGCGUCGUCGUUGCAGUCGUCGUCUGCCUCCCUCGUCGGCCACGGCGUGGGAAGCGUCAGGAAGAGGCUCAGCAUGUUGAGGUUGGGCAAGAAGAGCAGUCGGGAGAGGGGGCAGGGGGCGGCGGGGCUCGGUGGUUUGGAGGAGGAGUAGGUCUGUAUGCUGAGCAUACCUACACUACCUACCUGUUGAUUCAGGAUCUGGAGGGGUGGGGGGCUCUUCAGAAUCUGGAGGGGUGGUGGACUCGCGGAAGAGGCGGGUUGGGCGGGGGACAUGGUAUCCCCGUCACGCGCUAAGGAACGGCACGUAAGAGGAGGGUUG